GCUUACGUAACGAGUUAGGACAAGUCGCCGCUGUUGCCAGGCGUAUGACAACCUCCGCCGACCUUAUGAAGUUGUCGCCAGGCCUCAGCGAUGGCCGCCCUAAGGCUGAUGAGAAAAUGGAGUGUUCCAUUGGCAACAGCCGUUGCUGCACCCCUCUUCACACCAGUUGUCCUCGCGGAGUCAGAUAAGAAGGACACACAAGCAGCUUCUUCUCGUUUGGUUCGACCCUCAGAUCUGCCCAUCUAUGAAUCGCCGGAUGAAGUCCUGGACUUCGAAUAUCAUGGGCGGGAGAGGACGGCCCUGGAGGAAAACAUUAGCGUCGUGAGGAAGGAAGUGGAAGGUGUCAUCGAUGCAACACGGGCCACCAGGGAGAAAAUAGUGUAUGUUUGUGAGACUGGCAAAGCUCAUACAAUGGCCACAGUGGAUAUGCUGAAAGAACUUAAACCAUCACCAGCCACUGUUGACUACAUAACAGAUGAAGAGAACGUGUUGCCUCGUGCUGGAGCAAUCACCGUGGGCGGCCUGACUGGUCUGGUCAUCGGACGGAAAGGAGGGUUCUUGAAGAAGGUGCUCUACACCUCAGCUGGUGCACUGACUGCUGCUUCUCUCUGCUACCCUCGUCAUGCUUACCAACUAUCUCAGAAGGUAUUUGAGAAUGCAAAGGACGUCGGCACUAUUGGGUAUAAUUUUGUUGCUGGAGUGAAACCCCAAAACAAAAUUCCAAGUGCCCCAGCUGAGCCCUCCAAAGAAGAACCUCCAGCAGUCAUUCCCGAUGCCCCUCCAGCACCAGAAGCAGCACCUGGAACAGAACUUGAAAGUGGAGAGGUCCCGAUUACCCUGUCAAGCCCCACUGUAGGAGGAAAC